UCUUCUCAAAAGAAGGAUCUGCAUGUUGGCAUCGUCGGCGCAGGCAUUGGCGGCCUGGCCACAGCCAUUGCCAUGCGAAGGGCCGGCGCUCGUGUGACUGUCUUGGAGUCUGCAGAGCAACUUGGUGAGAUUGGCGCCGGCAUCCAGAUGACACCCAAUGUCUCGGUGUUGCUGCAACGCUGGGGAGUGGACAAGAUUAUCGGCGAGAACUUGGUGCAAUUUGAGGAGCUCAACAUGCGCCGCAAGGACGGAACACGCGUGGGAUACACCAAAAUCGCUACUCUGGAAGAGUCUCUCGGAAGACCCUGGUGGGUUGUUCACCGUGCCCAUCUUCACGAGGGACUGGUGACAAUCGCGGAGAAACUAGGCGCCAAGAUCCAUAUCAAUUCUGCCGUCGCCAAAAUCGACUUUGAAAGCUUGGACGGAGUAACGGCAGUAACUCAUCGGGGCCAAAGCUACCACUUUGACUUCCUAGUAGGCGCAGACGGCAUCAACAGCGUCACAAGGAAAUCUCUCUUCCCCCAGGUCGCCCCUGAGCCGCCCACUACCAACUGUGCCUACCGCGCUCUUGUCCCCUAUGAGCAGAUCCGCAAGGAUCCAGUGGCCAAGGAGCUUAUAGAGAAGCUCACCAUGGAGGUAUGGAUGGCCGAGAAUGCCUACAUCAUUACCUAUCCCAUCAGUGCCGGAAAAGUUUUCAACCUAGUCCUCUCUCAUCACCGCCCCGAGAAGGUCCGCAAUACUGAGCUCAAUGUUCCCAUUGAGGAGAUGCGCAACGAGUACAAGGAUUUUGAUCCACGCAUCAAGAGGAUCGUUGAUAUGAUCGAUAGCACAUCUCGAUGGCCCCUGAUGGUCACCGGUCCCAUGAAGUCAUGGUCAUCUCGGCGCAAGAACGCAGUCCUCAUCGGUGAUGCGGCUCAUUCCAUGGUCAACCACAUGGCACAGGGCGCUGCCACUUCUAUGGAGGACGGUGCUUUCCUAGGUAGGUGUAUCGCCAGGGUUGUGGAAGGCCAAGUCAGGCUAGACGAGGCUGUCCGCAUCUACGAGGAAGAGCGUAUGCCAAAGGCCUACGAGAAGCAGCAGGUUUCCUUCAUCAACGGCGCCAUCUGGCAUUUGCCGGAUGGCCCAGAGCAGCAAGCCCGCGACAAGGCGAUGUCGGCAGAGCUGCAGGGCAAGUACUAUGUUCGCAGCAGCAACCUCUACGGCGACCCCCAGACUGUCCUCGCUGUGUAUGGAUAUGAUGCUGAGGAGCAUGCCGAGACGGCAUUGUCGACAUACCUGAAUGGCGAGCGAGAACCGUUCCAUAUGGACACCGGGGUUACUGGCAGUCUGCAGAAGAAGUACAUGGACUGGUUCCGGCCCGCCGAGCAAGCAAAGCUCUAG